UGAGUACAGCUAUAAAAAGAAGCAAGAAAACCUAAAUGGCUAAGAGUACUGUACUUGCCCACAGAUCAGACUCCGGAAGAAGAUGGCUCAGCACCAACUGUGGAUCUUGCUCUUGUGCCUGCAAACAUGGCUGUUAGCAGCUGGAAGGGAUGCAGACUCGUUUGUGGUGAAUGGGAUUCUUGGGGAGUCAGUUACUUUCCCCUUAAACAUCCAAAACUCACAGCAAGUUAAGACCAUUGCUUGGACUUCUGAAUCAUCUGUUGCUGUCAUUACACCAGGAGACUCAGGAAGAGCACCCAACAUUAUUGUGACCCACGAUAAUUAUAAUGGACGAUUAAAAGUCAUAGGUGAGAGCUACAACCUGGUCAUUACUGACCUGAAGAUGGAAGAUGCAGGAAAAUACAGAGUGGACAUCACCACCACCACCACCACUGCAAAGAUCUACUACCUUCAUGUAUAUCGUCGCCUUGGGAAGCCCAAAAUUACACAGAGUAUAAUGACAUCUGUGAAUGGUACCUGUAAUGUCACACUGACAUGCUCUGUGAACAAAGAUGAAAGGAAUGUGACGUAUAGAUGGAGUUCCCUGGAAACAGAGGGCAAUGUCCUUCAAAUCAUCCAGACCCCUGAGAACCAAGGGCUGAAUUACACAUGUACAGCCUGGAACCCUGUCAGCAACAAUUCCAACUCUAUUUCUUCCCAGCAGCUCUGUGCAGACAUCGCAACAGACGUCAAGACCCGCCACACCGGGUUGCUGAGUGGGCUGGCCGUAAUCUUUUUGCUUGUUCUCAUUCUACUGUCAGUGUUACUAUUCUAUUUGCACAAGAGAAAACAAGAUGUUCCUGCAGAGAACACAAUAUACACGUAUGCCAAGGUUUCAAGAGACACCCAGCCUGCAGAGCCCAAGAUCUAUGAUGAAAUCUCCCAGCCCAAGGUGUCCCCCUUCAAGAAAGAAUCAGUGCAAACGAUUUAUUCCACAGUGCAGUCCUCUGAUCAAAUAAAGAAAAUCAACGCACUGGACAGCAAACCUCCCAAGGCUUCAGGCUAUGAGAUGGUGAUCUAGGCUGGUGGAAGCCAUUUUCUUUCUGGAACCUGUGUGACAGCUAAGGAUAGUGGAAGGUUCCCUGACAGGAAAUCCUCUGUUGCUGGGCAUAACAUGUGGCCUGAUAGACACAUGGACCAUGCCCUUUCUGAUGGACUCCCUUCUAGAUGAAUGACACAGGAAGUCCCCAUGUAUAGUGCUCCCCAACUUCACAUCACAGCACAUGUAGAAAGUAAUAGUUUUAAGGCAUACUGGGUUCAGCUGAGUUACAAGCACAAAUAACAUCAAGCACCCUGGACCCAGAUCUUCUCUGUUCAGGUCUUACUGGGAGAUUGCAAAUCAAGUUUGCCCAUGUCCAGAGACUGCACAUGGCUGGAAGAUUUUCAUGGCUAGAGAUGAUGGCUCUGUGCAGCAGCUGUUGGAAGAAAGGAUCAAUAUUUUGCAUGUCUGCAACAUGCCAUGGCACAUCAGCUGGGAUAUUCCACUCAUACUCAUCAUAUUAGAGGGCCCCUGGUAUAUAGCUUCCACCAUCCAUCCCCACAGCAACUUAAAGUCCGUCAGGAGAUGGCACUCAUGCUUCCAGUCACAUGCAGCCCCUUGGUCAUAUGCAUGGCAUGGUGAGCAGCAUGUGAGCUGUGUAUCAGCCCAUGACCACUCCUUCACCCAGGAACCUUCCUGCAGGACCCAACCGUCUCAACCAGCCUGAGCAUAGAUGACCAUGCUGCACGAGAUACUGUCAGAGUUGUGGCUCUCAGCCAUGUGGAGAUGCUGUCCACAUGGAACAUUAGAAAAUGCUCUUUCUGCCAAAACUUCCCUUCUGUGUCACUACAAGGAGCCCCAACAAGACAUGCUCAGUAUUUUCAGUCUCCAAAAGGAAUUGAGCAACUACAUUUCAACCACUUCAGGGAACUGGGUGUAACCCACCCAUCAAAGUAAGAGACCGUGGAGGAACCACAGUCAUUCGCAAGAGGAAACUUGAGCAAUGAUGAUGUGGAAGAUGAAAGUGGGUUCCCACCAGUUCCUAAGGUUCAGAUCAGAGAAGCAUGAGGUUCAAGCUGAGGCUGAGUGCUCCCCGCAUCUCCUACAUACACACACAGCAAAACUGGCAGUCAUGAGCCAGACAGUCUUGUGAUCAUUUGAGGAAAUGUUUCCUUUCUAUGUCAGCAAACGUAACCAGCUAAAUUUCAGGCUGGACAGGUUUUGCAUUUGGUAGAAUAAAGUUGUCAGUCCUGUAAAUGGA